CGGACAAAGUAACAUAUGACUAUAUAUGGCUUAAUAAAUUAGUUCCGGUUCCAGCCGGAACUUUCCAGUUCCGGCCGGAACUUCCGGCCGGAACUUUUUUCCAGUUCCGGUCGGAUCCGGUUCCGGCCGGAACUUAAAAAACUGGUUCCGGUGCACCCCUAACAGGAAUUACAAAUAUAUGUAGGGAAAUCUGACCUGACCAAAACGUCAAAAUCCAAAUUCCCGGGUGGGGGGGAUGUCAAGGGGCGCUUUCCAUUUAAUGGUCUGACCGGUCAGACCCGAAUUCUUUUCUCUGUAUCAAUGGAAAGAUUUGGUCUAUGUUUCUCAAAUAUCUAGCGGAAAUGGACCUCAUUCUAAUGUUAUCAAAAUUUUCCAGUCAGAUAGGUCCGAAGCCCAAAUCUUUUGUGUUUCAUUCAACAAUUUGACUGUUCUGACCGUGUUAAAGUAAAGCGCCCAAGGUUUCAAUUUGAUUCGCACAUUAAGCCUGGUUCACAUAUAUGCCUGCAGCGUACCAGCGCCGAUGCCGAUGGUAGCUUUAAAACAUAAAUUAUGUUAAUAUUUGUUCACCGAUUGCCUCCAGUGCCACAUUUACAUCGGCGGUAGGCAGGGAAAGUUGACUUGAGCUCAAUUUUGCCGGUAUUUCGGCGGCAAGUAGAGGCAUAAUGAUACAGUCACAGGCAUACCGCAGGCAUAUGUGAACCAGGCUUUAGGUCUAAGUGGCUGUUUAUAUGAUCCCACUGGACAGGAGUCACAGGACAUACUCAUCCCGCCUAGCCUAGCUGGGGUCAUAUAAACAGGCCCAAAAACAGUGUAUUUUGUGUAUAUUAAUUCUAUGUACAUUGUACACUAUUAAAAGUCUAAAAAUAGUCAUUUUAAUAUAUUAUAUUCGAAAUAUUUAUAUUUAUAUGUUAUACAUACUGGAAAAGUGAAGAAUGCAUGAUAUCUCAUCAAGUUUUGCUUUAAACCUCAUUGUUCAGUUACAUCAUUCGUUUUUGCACAGUGGUUUUUGUAAUCGUGUUGUAAUCAGAUCUGAGUGGUUGUAUUAAUAUAAAAUAUAUAUCAAAUUUCCACCAUUUUGAAUAAUUUUCCCGCCAGCGGGAAGUGGUAGAGCCCAGACCCCAGACUAUUGCGAUGACUCACGGUCACAAAACAAAACAAAAAGAAACUAAAAUGGCAGAAUCUUUUCAUAAUCAUGAUGAAUUUAAAACCGACAUUGUUGGCGGAAUAGAAUGGCUUGUGGAGAAAUUCAGAAAACGAGAAAAAGAGCUUGAAAGGGCUGCAAAAGAAAUUGAAAUAUCCAAAAGAAAAUUUGAGGAAAAAAUGAAUAUAGAAUGGGAUAAAUUGGAACGAGAGACACAAGAACAAAGACGUGUCAUUCAGGAGGAAAGAUCAAGAUUAGAAGAAGAAAAGCAAUAUAUGCAAAAUAUUUAUGAUAUACAGCGUUCACAUAUCAAAUUAGACGUGGGGGGACAUAUCUACUCCACAUCAUUGAGCACGUUAACUCGUGAUAAAUUCUCCAUGUUGGCUGUGAUGUUCUCAGGAAGACAUAAACUUGUACUAAGUAAAGAAAAUACAUAUUUUAUUGAUAGAGAUGGUACGCAUUUUAGAUAUAUAUUAAAUUAUCUUCGUGGUGAUCUACAUUUAGAUACAUUUCCAGAUGAUGUGACGGUUUUAAAAGAAAUUCAAAGGGAAGCUGAUUAUUUUCAACUUUCAGGUUUAUUUGAAAUGAUUGAAUCAGUUUUAACCCCAACACCUCAGCCUGUUGAUUACACUCAAGACUACAUUGAUUGCCUUUUAAACACUAAAAAUAUAGAGUCUACUAGUGCAGAGCAUAAAAAUUUGCGAAAAAUGACAAAAUCUAAUCUCAAUUUUGAUAAAAGAAAUUUAUCUGGGCUGUCGUUCAUUCAUACAGCGUUUGUGCAUGAUGUUAGUUUCACUGAGGCAAAAUUGAAAGAGACAUCAUUUUAUGGUUGUGAAUUUGGUAGUAAUGUUAAAGUAGAUUUCAGUCGUGCAGAUUUGACCGGGGCUGAUUUCCGUCAGUGUCGAGCUCUUACAGUGGGACCACAGUUAACAAAUGGACAGUCACAUCAGCCGCCACUAUAUGGAACAAGUUGCUCAAGCUUUCUUAAUCUUAUUCAAGAAAAGAAAAUAUUAUUUCAAGGAUCAAAGGUGAAAGGAGCAAAGUUUGAUCCAGGAGUCUUGGAUUGUAUUCUUCAAAUAAUGUGAAAGUAUUUUUGGAUAACACAAAUUGACAUGGAACUGUUUAAUAUUAAAAUUUUUAUUCAUUGUCCAUAAUGAAAGUCUAAAAAUGUAUUAUUUUGUCAAAGAAAAUUAUGUAAAUAAUUUAAUAUGAACAAGUCAUGAGGACGAGGAUUACCAGAAAUUAGAAAUUCUUGUUUUAUUAUAUUUAUUUUAUUUUAUUAUGUCAUUCGAGUGUGUGCGUUCUGACCAGACUUGUCAUCCUAACGUUGACUGGCUAUAGUUAUUAUGACCUGUUUUAUUACAAUUUUUAUACUCUUGUCUAUGAAUAAGUCUUGCUUUAGUAUAUUCAUGUGCUAAUAAAGAAUGAAUUCCAUACUAACCUUGUCAGGGAUGCCGGAACCACGGGUGCAGCGGGUGCAAGUGCACCCCUUGCCUUUUGCAUUUUCAACUGUGGGUGCCGUGCGGGUGCAGAAUAUGGGUGCUAUUGCUAUUUUAUUACUUUAUUCGCAUGACCUAUUUACAAGGUAUUGCUAAAGUUUUCAAUAAUAUAUUACAUAAAAUGUGUAACGGGUGCACAAAGUGCCCUUUUUUUGCGUGAAAAAUUUUCAGUAAAAUUGCAUUUUUUGCCCAAAGGGCAUUUUUGAAAAAUUCAAUCUAUGUUAUUUCUAGAAAAAUGUUUUAAUUUCCGGAAAAAAUAACAUAUUUUUUUCGUAUUUAGGAAAAAAAUGUGGUAUAUCCGGAAAAUUUUUUCAACCUCUAAAAUGGCACACUGACCAAGAAUUUUUGAGGGAGGGGGGGGGGGAGGUCGCCAAAAAUAAUUUUUAGAUGCCCUACGCCCCUGCCCUUUCAUUUUCAUUGAUGCCCUUUUGUUAAGGAGUAUACCCUCUUGUUAACCAAUUGCACCCCUUGCCCUCAGCAACUUCCGGCAUCCCUGAACCUUAUUUAAAUCUUGUUCUAAUUCCUAGGUACCCGGUUGGGUGACUCCCUGGUUGGCAAUCUCGUACGAGAUUGCCUGGCUGGGUGACUAAUUUCAAUACAAUCUCGUACCCAGAGCCAUCGUUGAGUGGAUGGCUCUAGGUACGAGAUUGAUUUCAAUAGUGAUAAAAAACAUCAUUUCAACACGUAUAGUGAAUAUAAAGUAGUGAUGCCACGGUUUACAUAGAUCAGGACAAAGAACAUGAUACUGUCAGUUAUACUAAAAGUUAUGCGUCUCAGUGACUCUGUAAAUCCGACCAAAAUAUAUCAGCGUAGCAUUUUUUUUUCGUUUCGUGAGCGCUCGUGCGGAACAAUGCCCACAAUGGACUUUGACACAGAAGAGAAAGCUUUCUUAUGGUAUUUUACGUUAAAUUUCAUGUUGAUAUAAUUAUGGGAAACAGGUUCAACGUAAUCAUAAACUACCCUGCAGUUCCGACUCUAAUAUGUUGCUCAUUAUGAUCAUAAAGAAAACUAGUGAGGAGGGAGCAUCUUUUCUAGAAAAAUCUCCAAACACCCAACGUCCAAUCCAACAUUGAACUUCAUUUAGUUGAACUAGAUAUAAUCCAAGUGAGCAUGUAUAUACACAAUUUAAGACCUAAUCAGGAACGGUUGCGAAAAAUGCAACACUAGGCAGGAAUUGAAAAAUGCAACACCUCUGGCAGGAAUUGAACCCGCGGCCCUUGGGAUACGUGAACUCGGGAGAAACGUUAUCAGUGUCAAGAAUAGUGUGCUGCCGAGCGCACUUUUAUACACCGACACCACGUAUUGCGAAUUUACUUUGGAGCUUUGAAUUUAAUUUGAGUGACAAAUUUUUGAACAUUGUUUAUACUUUGGCAUAGUCAUAGCCUUUAUUAGGGAGUUUGAAAGACAACGAAGUAGGAAGAAGACGCAGUUGGCAGGUUUUGAACGUCUCAAACUCCAUAUUAUGUCGUUCGAGUAUGUGUGUUCUCACCAGACUUGUCAUCCUAACGUUGAUUGGCUAUAGUUGGAUUAUAUAUUAAUUAAAUAUUUAAAUCUAAUUGGUUGGCUUAGAUACGGUACUUUGAUUUAACGAUUGGCUGAAUAAAAAGUCAAUUAAGAUGACACGAUUUAAGCUCAGUGCGAAAAAAGCGAUUAAAUCACACUACUAAAAAUCAAUAAGUUUGCAAGUAUCAGUAUCACCAUUGAUUUGGCACUCUCUUGCAAUAAUAAAUUGAAUAAUUCCUAAUCGUACCGUCAUGUUGUUAGGCAACGUCAGCUUGAUCACACAAUGCAACGCCACGCUGCAUGCAAACUUCGAAUUGAUAUAAUAUUUUGAAGAUUGUGGAGACUAGUUGUCAUAAACUAUGACGAAAGAGUUUAAAAUGAAAUGCUUUACGAGCGGGAAAUUUCAUUGUCGAUUAACUCUUCUGUGUAUUUUCUUGCUUGAAAUACUAGUUAGUCUAGUGUUCUUUAAGUGGCAGAUAUAUCAUUUUCGAAGGGCAGAUACGGAGAAAGAUAUAAUAAACGCAAGCAAGACAAAUGUUUUGAAACACUCGGAGAAACUCGAAAGACCGAAAUUAGUGUUGUUUUACACGCCAUUGUUUGGUCGAUCACCGUGGCCAACGAUUGAAAAUGAUUAUCAAUUCAACAAUUGGAACAACAUACCGUGUAAAGUAAGAAAUUGCAGGAUUUCGUACGAUAAGAAAGACUUGAAUACAAGCGAUGCAGUUCUAUUUCAUGGUCAAGAUAUAGACAAUCUUGAUCUUUCCAAACUAAGCAAGACAGUCAAACAUCGUGCCAAACAACGUUGGAUAUUCUUUAUACACGAAAAUCCAGAUUUUUUUACCAAAGAUUUGAGUUCGUUGAAAGACAUCUUUAACUGGACAAUGACUUACAAAUUGGAUUCGGAUAUUUUUGUGCCAUAUGCGUAUUACUUUCCAAAAACCAGCGAACACUUGGAAAAUGAGGUCAUUAAUGGUUCCCAAUAUUACAGUGAGGGGAAGGACAGACUUGUUGCCUGGAUGGUGAGCCACUGUGGACGUAAGAGAGAUGAACUUGUAAAGAAAUUGAUGGAAUAUAUUCCUGUUCAUGUAUAUGGAAGAUGUGCGCCUAAAUUUUCUCAAAAUAGGACAUGCAACAGACGAGACAAAAAUUGUCUUAAAACUCUACGAAGAUAUAAAUUUUAUUUAGCUUUGGAGAACGGGAACUGUGUCGAUUAUAUCACUGAGAAAUAUUGGAUUACAUCGCUUCAAAAUGACAUUGUGCCAGUUGUGUUGGGCGGCGGAAAUUAUAGCAACAGAAACUUGGCUGUUCCUGGAUCAUUUAUAAAUAUGAUGGACUUCAAGUCAGUCAAAGACUUAGCGGAUUACUUAUUAAUGUUAGACAGGAAUAACACAGCUUAUGAUGAGUAUUUCUCCUGGAAAGAACGCUACUAUGUGGAUGUACCACCUUCUUGGACAUGUCAAAUGUGUGCAAUGUUAAACAAUGACUCUCUUCCAAUAAAGUCGUAUGAUCAUCAACAUUUUCAGAAGUUUUGGGGUCGUGAAAAUAACUGUAGAUUCUUAAAUGACAAAGUGGAUAAAAUCAUAUCAGUCUAACACUAGACUGCGAGCAAUUUUCAAUUUUCCCGCGCGUUCAGUCUUAGUCCGGGAAACAAUAAAACGAAGGAAAAUAGAGGGAUUGCUCGCAGUCUAGUCUAACACUAGUAACAGAACUGCAGUGUGAUUUACCGACUGGAAUAUUGGGGUAAAUAUCAAGACUUUGAGCAUCUCGUUCGAAAUAACUGAAUGUAGAUGCAAUUUUUGUACGAUUUCCGCAGCCGCUCCUGGUUCGGAGCGGCUGCGGAAAUUUUGUAGGCCCUCCGGUAUAGCUUAUAUAGUGUUAGCCUCCCGUUUUCCUUAUCUAUCCAAGCCGUUUCAGCUAAUAAGAACAAGCAUUGGUGUAAAUUCUCUUUAUCCAUACGUUUAGUUGAAAGACCGAGACAUUUAUUAACAAAUUUAGUACUUAGGAACUCAUUUGAUUUCUCUACUGAAGGUACACAAGUUACUAUAUAGUAUACAUAAUAGAUUUCAGUUAGUCUGUUACUGUAUAAGGUACUAUAAGCAUGGAAUACAAUAAGUAUAUUUGGAAAAUAAAGAGAAUAAAUGAAAAAAAACCUGGAUAUAAAGCACAUUAUAGAAUUUAAUUCGAUUAUUGUCAUUUUAAUUUAACGUUGAUUAGAUCAGGAGUAUUUGUUUUUCAAUGUGAAGAGAGGGUAAAAAUCAUAAGAGAGCUUAGUCUAUGAAAUAUGAAAUAUGAAAUAUGAAAGUAUUUACUUAGAUUAUCAAAAAUUGUUUACAAAUGUGUAAAUAUAAAAUGGCAUUGUUCACUGAUUAUGAUACAACUUGAGGAAUGAUAACAAGUCUAAUACUCCCUUUAGUCUUCUUCAAUAUGGCCACCGCAGCUUCGUGUGUUACUCCUUCCAAACUUUGGUUAUUCACUGCAAUUAUCUGAUCUCCACGCUUUAGACGACCAUCACUGGCCGCUGCGCCUUGUGGGAAGACAGUUUUGACAUAUAUUGGCAGAUCGCCAUGUGGGCUACCAUGACCGCCUACAAUACUAAAGCCCAGUCCCUCAGGGCCUCGUUCUAAGUCGAUGAUCUCCGUUUGUGGUCGUCUAAAUAAAAAUAUAUUUUGUGUCAAACGUGUACAAAGCCAUAGGAAAAACAAACAUGAACUGAGUUUGUCUUAUUUGAAAGAACAUUAAAUGAUAUAUUGAUAUAUAAACUUCUUUUACAAUUAUUCCGUAUCUUGCUUGGUUUUCGAAAUAAAUCGACUUAUUUUGAUCAAGAGCGGCGUACAUUCCGCCAUCUUGGAUAUGCAUUCGAUAUGCAUACGUCACAAGUAGGGAAAAAAGCGAAAUUUUUAUCUUGCGAACCACAUGUCAUUAUCAAUACGAAACUCGAUUUUCCGAAGUCUUUUUAGUACUCAAUUAACUCACAACAUUUUAAGAAACUUUUCGAAGAAAUUUAGUCCCACAUGAAGAAGUUUUAACAAGUUUACCCUGCUUGUGACGUCAUCAAAAACUCGGUUAAUUAGGUCGAUUAGGUCAAGAUGGCAGACUGCACACUGUUUUUGGUCAAAAUAUUUCAAAAACCAAGCAAGGUACGAAAAAGUUGUGAACGGACUUCAUAUAUAACUUUAAAAGUUCUUUCAAAUAAGACAAAGUUAAUUUUUACUGUCAUAUCCCUUUAAUACACCAUCUACUGAUUACAGAUUUACAAGUACUGAAUAUCUUUGCAAGUACGACAUAAUUCGUUUGCAAAAAUAGCAACGGAGUACAUAAACAACAAUGAAUUCUAAUCGUCUAGUAACAGUACCAGCAGAGGUAUUUAGCACUUUGCAAAUCUCUUGUAAGUACAUGACGCCACAAGGCAGUUCAUUUUCAUAACAAGAAACGGGAAAAUGAAGUUGGUUCAUUUCGAAAUGAUGUUUCAUUCACACCAGCGUUAAUUAAAUGAAAUUUAAGUCGAAACCAAAAACGAAUAUCGUAAUUUCUUACCUGGUUUCUUGACUUCGACCACCAUUGGGAUUCUCAACUGUAGAAAGUCAUAAGAGAGAUAUUAGCAUGAACAAGAAAAUCUUUAUACAAGUGUGCUUUAAAACAACAACUGCCAAGCUCGAAGAACGAUAAUUCACGAUAAUAUAUUAAGACAUUUAAAUCGCACGAUUAUGCCAGUUGCCGCCCAAUUCACAUUUUUGGAUAACUCACAUGCUAGUUACCACUAUCAUGAUAAAAUGUAAACAUAGAAUUACACAAAGAUAACGCAUAAAUUAGGCCCUUUGUACCUCCUACUGAUCUGCUCCAAUUAGAGAGGCAAAAUUGUCUAAUUAUCACCUAUUUACUGAGACCGAGGGAACUGACAGCGCGUUUUGUGGCCCCGAGACCGCCGUUUUAUUAUAUAGCUAUUCCGAAUCUGUAGUAAAACCGACCGGCGGACAUGCUGAAACUCUUGAAAGAACUUUGAACUUACCGGUUGGCGUGAACAACUCGCGCCUCACUUCCGGUUUAUUAUUAACCGGUUAAUAAUUGUUUCAUUGUUGUCCGGUUGUCCCCUCACCAAAACAUGCACUGAACAUGACGUUCUGUAGACCGUCACGUGAUACGGUUUUGUCCAAUUGGCAAACAGGAAAAUUGAGCUUGGACACUUAUAUAAUAAGAUCACAUACCGUAUGAAGGUGGUGGUCCAAGGACAGGUUGAUAUCUUUCAGGAUCAAAAGGAGUAGAUGGUGAUGCAGGGAGGUUCACAUUACGUGUUGUGGGAAAACUGUAUAAACUUGAACUUUCUAUCGAAGCACGUGGCGAUGAGGUGCGAGAAUUUGGUUUUAAACGUGCAACACUGAUUUUCACAUGACCAAUCGUUCGCUGUAAAAACAUUUACAUAUUACGAUACAUUGCAUGUCCUCUGGCUCUAUUUUACUUCACAAAUACAGGGUUCCCAAUAGAAGCCAGUCCAAACAAUCACUGGCUAUUUCUCAAAAUUACAAUCCAAACUAUUUCCUCCUUACAACAGAAAUGCCAAGGGAAAGGUUUCUUGCUUUUAUAACAUACAUUUUAAAAGAUAUUCUUCAUUAAAUAUUUCGAUAACAAGACAGAAUCCAACCUCGUUCCCAGGGCUUUUCGGAAAAGCCCUGGGAACGAGGUUGGACAGAAUCGCCAAAGCUACUCUCUACAAUAGCUGAAAAUGCUAUUUCAGAGGGUCUAAAUUUCAAAAUUUUCACGGGAGUUGGGGCCUAUAUAGGAUCCUUUCUCCCUAGGAGAGUAGCACCUUAUAGGCAUUUAUUUCUUUCAAGAAGCGUCCUACUCUAAAUUCUAUUGAGAGCCCUGCAUAUAUGAUUAGACACAAAUUAUAAGACCGCGGAUCAUAAGGGACGGACCAUUAGAUAUUUGAGGGGGGGGGGGCGGGCAAAUACCAAAAAAAAAAUCGCGCACAGAACAAAUCCAGAAAAAAAAAGUGCACAACAAACCUACUGAAAAAAAAAAUCGAGCAAGAAGUAGGGGUGAUUUUUGUAAUCGUAAUGCAAUUAUUCUAAAACACUAAAAUGGUGUUUUAUGACAAGCGAAAAAACAUUUAUGCCUCCCCCCGUCGACGAACUUUUCGACGAACUUUACGGGAAAAAUUUUUUAGGUCAUCUUAAAAAAAAUAUCGUGCAAAGGAAUGUUGCAGAAAAAAAAUUCUUGCAAGCAAUUGGGGGAUGAAAAAAAAUUCGUGCACAGAAAAAUUGCCCAAUCCCCUCAAAUAUGUAGUGGUCCGUCCCUAAGAGCGCCGACAUUACCUUCAAAAUCUGAGCAGCAUAUUCCUGUGUUGCAUUUCGUGUAUCGUCAUUGUUCACACUGAGUAUUUGAUCACCAGGCAAAAGACGUCCGUCACGAUAAGCUAUCCCACCACUUACCUAAACACACAAAUACCAACAUAAACAUACAUACAGCGCACUGGAGGAAAGUGAAGAUAUAUAUAGGGCCGCAACAGAAAUACAGCUAUAUUUAAGAUCAUCCCAGACAAAACUCCCUCCCCCCUCAAUAUUUGACAUCUUCUUAGAUUAGAGUUUCUACAAAGUUGGCGGAAACAGGCCUUUUUGCGUCAGUUGUACCUGUAAGUUUAAUUAGGGAAAUUAAAAUAAUGGAUAAUUAGAGAAAACGUACCACAUCAGAUAUAAACACACCGGUGUCGUACCUGCAAAAUGAUAAUGCAAAGUCAAGUUAACAUAAUAUUGUUACAACUUUGCACCUCAUACGUAUCUUAACCAACGGCAACUUUCUCACCUUCUUCCAACGAUGCUCAGUCCUAGACCUUGCCCAGGAAACUUUUGUAAAUCCACGUCAAAGUAAUCGAAAGCAUCUACAAAAUAACAAACAAUAAACCAUCAUUGUACUUUUACCAUUAGGCAGGGCUGCAAAAUAUAGCGGACCACGGGACCAUUGGUCCAUAAAAUUCUUGAGGCUGGCAGGAAAAAAUGGAAGGUAAAACCGUAAAAGGUAAAAAGUCUUAAAAGAAAGUGUAUUUUACUAAUUUUAGUGACAGUCAUACUUUACUUAGUUUACUAUAGAUCAUUUAGAUAAAAGUAUACGUAUCCGGUAGUCACGGAAUAAGGUCUAUUUUCAAGACCGAAAUGAUUUCUAGAGUUUGUCUAGAAUACACUGAAUCAUAUUUAGUUGCGAUAAAACCAAGAUUUACUGUCGUUUAUUUGAAGAAAAUGUUUGCGUAUGCAGAAAAUAAAAUAUUUCUUGCAACAAAAAAGUCAGGAAUGGUCUGGUGAAAGGAUCCCGAUAUUGAAUCAUCGUAUAAUCUAUAUAAAUAAUCCCUUUCUAGGUUAUAUGGUUCAUAUAUAAUCAUCACGUAAAUUAUAAGUGAAAUAAAUGAAACCUCUAAAGGCCCGUUUACACCGGCGAUUUUUGCUGCGAUUUUAGGCCGAUUUUCUGCUUCUGAUGGAUGUGAAGGAGUGGAUGAGUUAUAAAUGUUCCAGGUUAUGAAAUUUCAUAACAACGUCAUUAAGUAAUCUACUCCUUCACAUCCUCCAAAAGGAGAAAAUCGCAACUAAAAUCGCAGCAAAAAUCGCCCGUGUAAACGGGCCUUAACAUGCGGGCUGUGGGAACGUGGUUAAUGUAUAUGUUAAUUCAGUGAGGAGGGUAUUCACUUGGAAAUGUAAAACCCGAUGCUGGACGUUUUUAAACAAGAUCGUAAAAUCGGGUAACUCCUGGUUAAAGUAAUCAUACAUACCAUACAAUGAUUCCUUACCUUCAUCCCUGAACUGUGCCUCAGAUCUGAUAACAAGCAUUCUUACAACUGAUGAAGUACUUCGCAAUACCUCCAUAGCUUGAUCAUGAGUUGCUGUACGAAGAUCCGCGUUGUUCACCUGAGCAAUGUUAGAAAACGUGUUUUCAUGACAAAACCUAACACCACAUUUUCAACGUAAAGCUCACUCAAGUCAGAUUUGAACAUCAUUUGAACUCGGAUAUUAGUGGAGUUGGCUUAUGUUUUACCAGCAGUAAAAACGGAGGGGACCUAUCUCCGCCCAAGGCAUUUUGUCAUAAGUAAAUAUACAGCAAUUAGCCUUUCCCAAAAGAGAUCACAGUGCAUUCUGGGAUCGUUUGGAGGGCCAAAAUAUAUGGCGACAGGCGUCAAAGAUGUGAAAGAGUAGUCAUACCUCUAAAAUUUGAUCUCCCGCCACGAGACGUCCAUCUCGUGCGGCUGCACCAUCUUCGUAUACUUCGUGAAUCAAGAUUGAAGCCUAAAUAUGGCCAAGCACAAAAUACAAUUAUUCAAACGUCAAGAAAGCUUUAAAUUAGUUUAUUCUGAACUUUGACCAUGUUAUAUAUAAGAUGCUGCAUAUACCACAUCUUUUGUUGGGUAAUAAUGAUCCGGGAUGAAUGUGGGUUCUUCUCCGCUAGUAUUUCAAUAAAGUUGCCUGUCUGUGUCAGGGAGUUCCGAUAUUGAAUUACAGUAUAAUUUAUAUCAACAAUCCCUAUAGCUUAUAUGGUUUAUGUAUAAUCACUACGUGAAUCAUAAUCGAAACAAACGAACACUAGGAGUUAGUUGAGACCAUAAGUUACUUUUUCUCUAAUCCAGACACAGUGGCCCUUAUUGAGAUGGUUGCACACGUGCAGAGAUUAGUGCGUUCUCCACUUUCUCAUCAAGUCAGAAAUCUUUGUACAAGAGUUUGUACUUGGGCACACAUAAUUAUCUCCCAUACAAGUAUAUCAUGCAUGUACUAUACGUUGAAAUGAACUAAUAUGCAUACACUUCGUUAGUUAGGUACGAUCAUUAUCAUGUGCAAGUAUCAACUUACUAGUACUGUGUCACUCCCUCCAACAAUACUCAGUCCCAGUCCAACAUCGCCUUUAUGAAUCUCUAAUUCACAUUCCUGUCCAGUGAUUAUCGGCGCCGUCUGCGGGUUUCCUGAGGAGAUUAUAGAGAUUGGGCCAUCUGAAAGCAUACGAAAAUGAAAAAGCAAUUAUUGAAGUAUACCCGCGAUCCUUAUUGGGGACAUAUACAGCAAUAUUAUACCUCAAAUUCAAAGUGUCCAAUCAAAAAGCUAAGUUUGUGCCAAUCAUUGGAUCACGCCUUACGUCAUUGUAUUUGAUUCGCGUAAACCACGCGCGGCGAUCACACAAACAAGAUGGCCACCAAAAUACUCAAAAUAUACUAAGGAGUGAUGAAUUAUUAAGUUUUUAAACUUCAAGAAAGCUCGUUUUUUGAAAUUUUGAAGCAAAUUUUGAAAAAUGUUAUCAUCAAUAUUCUAAACGAUAUGUGAUUCGAAACAAAAGCGACGAUACUUGCGUUAUAAAGCAACAAGAAACAACCCGUUAAAGUCGACACAAUAGCAUCUGAAUUUGGCUUGUCAAGCAGUUUUCGCUUGUUUUCCCGCGUUUUUUCCCCGUAUCCUAGGAUACGAGGCCUUGUCACGAUUUAUGAAUAAGGUCUAUAACUGGGUUACCCACAUGGCAGUAAUGCUGCCUUUGACAGCAAAAGACAAACUACAUGGUGUUGAACGAGUCCUUCAGAAACAUCCUAUUAUUGUUUAGCCUGCAUGGCAGGCGGUUCCUAAAAUUGGGCAAGCUGGAAAAUACCGCCUGCCAUGCAGGCUAAUUAUUGUUAUCCUUGUUAACCCAUUUAUUGACAGUACCCUACCACUGACUGAGUAUUAAAAAUCGUCUGGCGUUGGACAGGGUAAAUACUAAAGUAGGGGUCAUUACUGUGCUGAUGAAUUAACAAGAGCCAAUGGCAGAUAGGUUUGUUAACCCAUUUACUGGCAGUACCCUAUACCACUGACGAGUAAAAUCUUCUGGCGCUCGACAAGGGAAGGGCGCAUUGCCAGCUAAUGGGUUAAACCACCGUGGUUAAACAUAAGAUGUCAUGAUGCUCCAGGAAAUGUAAACAAGCUAUCAGUGUGACAUCCCAGUUUAUAUAUUUAUAUACUCGGAAUAUUGAUUUCUCGGUACAUACAAAAUUAUUUUAAAGUAUAACAACCAGCGAAGACGUAAGGCACUAACUAUCAAUAUUUUCAAAAGCGGCCAAUUAGACCAGGGGUUAAAGGGCAAUGACAAUGACAUGCAGGUGACAUUUAACAUUGCGUCUCACUAAUUAAAGAAAGCAAAAAUAUAUACAAGACAAUCUCACAUGUGGAGUUUUUUCACUUACAGUACGUAUUGCCUUGUGAUGCAGUACAAGUAUAAAUACAAAUGACAAAGCAUUUGUAAGGACUACAAUGAAAUGAACAUAUUGCAUUAUGUUUUACUUUGUCCUUAGUAUCCACAUUCAUAUGAAAUUCCGAAUUCUAUUUACCGAAAAGGCGAAAUUGGGAUACAGACCUUCAGUACUGCAACCGCGUGAGCUCGUGAUAUAUAUUAUGUAAUUCCACGACGUAAACGGUAAUUCGUGUUUUUAUCUUAAAAGUAUUUACCACUCAAAAGAAUGGUCAAAAAAAUAAUGAAUAAUGAAUAAUGAAAAAAAGCCGCAUGCUUUUUCAAAAUUACCCGGACGCAAAUCUAUGACUUUCAUUCCCAUGGCCUAAUAAAAAAAGUAAAACAUCGUAUCCACGAAGGUAUGUGGCAAGUUUUAUAUUCUCAACUUGGAGGCGUUUAAUUUUCAGUAUAAUAUAUCAUUUAUGGAACGAGGGCGAUUCGGCGAAAUAUUACCCGUAGUGAUGAUAUUUCCCGAGGGGCUUUCCCUCGAUCCAGGUCUAUAAAUGAUAAAUGUCUUUAGUUGUGAUAAAUGUGUCGUUAAUACAAUAAUUGAAGCAUCUUUGGCUCGACCGAUCUAGUGCUACACGCUAGGCGAACUUGUACACAACAUUCCUAUAUUUCAAAAUCAAAUAUAUUUUGGUUUAGGUUGUAUGAUAUUUUAAAGUUUGGGGCGCCUUAUAUUUUAUAAAUUACAAAUAAGCAAGAGGUAGUAGUAUGUCACGAGAUUUACCUAAAUUUUCCAUGGAAGAAUGUCUGCUGGAAUCCCGUGUUCCCAUUGGAAGACGUGCGCUUACGUCAUCAGGUUUGCUUUGUACAGGACUUUCAGUUUGAACAUUCACUUGAGGUUUGACUGUGGUUAGUUCUAUCUGACCUGUACACACUUUGAGUAUACGAGCAACCUGCAAUAAAGAAAAUUAAAAAAUAUCAGUUUGCUACCGAUGCAGUUAAUCAGCUUUCAUUCAAAGGCUUUUAAAAUUAUUUGGCGGAUGGUUACAUAUCCCCUUAAUGACCGCCAUGGACACAGGUUAGAACGCAACAGAAUAAAGCUGAUAUUCAUUCAUCGGUUAGAGACUCAGAAACAGACAAUUAUUCAUAAUUAUGUGGAUUAAUACUGUACCUCAAGGUGGGUGCAUCCUACAAUUGAUUCUCCAUUGAUGGCCAACAGUUCAUCACCAGCUUUCAACUUCCCAUCCUAGAAAGAAACACUUGAUCCAUUAAUACACUCUCAGUUUGAACAAUGGUCAUCACCAUGUACCUUGUCUUAGGAAAGCAGUAGAGCAAGUAGACUCCAAUAUUGAUAUCUACUGCUAGUAGGGCCGAUCCAUUGCCAGUUUUUCAAUACGAUUCGUGGGACGAGCAAUUUGUGUCUUGGGUUGCAAGCACAAUUUAGUGAUCUGUUUUAGUCACGUGAACAAAGUUGAACAAUCAUCGACUAACUGAACUGGAACAUAACCAUGUGUCAUCCGACAAAGUUCUCCCUCCCCUUGCCUUCUCUCACCAAUCAAUGUUCAAUGUCUAACUAAGAUUAGAAACGUUUAUCACUAUUCUGACUUUAACCGAAGCAGCACACUGCUCAGCUCCUCCCUCACUCCCCACCAUUCAAUAUUGUGCUUUGCAGAAGUAACGCGGUUGAGUAAAGAGUGUUGAGCAAGAUUGCAGUACUUCAUCUUUCAUGGCGUGCCUACGAGCACCAAAACAGACGCAUGAAUAUCACCUAGGCCCCGUUUACACUAUACCGGAUUACUUUUCAUACCGGAUUAAUUUUCACUCCGAAGUAAAAAAACAAGGGUGUUUACACUAUGCAUGCCGCUUCGCUCUGUUGCCAGCUCAUGUCUCGCUGUCCCCAUGGAAACAAGUAAUAUUUUUUGCCAGUGUACUAAAAUUUAUUAAAAACAAGAAGUAAUACACGUUUUCUUUGUAAAGUAUAACUUUGUUUAAAAAGCUUGACUACCAGACGUUGCUUCAUUUCGCUCUAAUCCAAAAUUGACGAGUAUUUCUUUAAAUUUUGCCCUAUCGAAAGUGAAAAAUCAAUGUUAUUAUCGUUUUCUUUAUUUGUCUUCGCAAGAAAUAGUAAAUUGUUGUAAGACGAAAAAACAACAGCUCUAAAGUAUUGUAAAAGCGAGCAAAUAAAAGGCGACAAUGGUAAAGCGUACACGCCAAAACCGAUUUUGUACCGAAGCGUACCGGAUUGGCCUGCUUACACUGCUUCGGCAUGCACAUACCGGAUUACUUUAUCAUAUCAUCUCCAAAGCGGAGUGAUUUUUACACCGCGUCGCGUACCGGAUUUAAGGCCCACGCAGACCGGACGCGAUUCGGCAACGCGACUUUUCAGUUUUCAAAAACAAAUAAAACCGUCAACGGAUAAAAAUUUUACAAGAUAUGCAGAGCAAAUAGCUAAAAUUGCUUAAGUGGUUCCGAAUAUUUGAAAAACAUUGAAAAAAUAUUAAAGUUAAAUGUAAAUUGAAAACUGAAAAUUCGCGUCGCGUUGCCGAAUCACGUCAAAUUCCUAGGAAUAUCGCCUCCCCCGGGGGUGGGGGUGGGGGGGGGGUGGCGAAAAUCCUAGGAAUUUCGCCCCCUUUAGGAAAUUCGCUCCUUUGGAAACUUCACCUUUUCUUCAGGAUUUUCGUCCUCCGUUCAAAAUUUCGCCCUUCCUAACAGUUGCAUGGGAUAAUUAUUACAUGGCUUUAAUCAUUUCAAAUCAGUAUCAAUUCAAAAUUGUUAACACAGAGCUUGAAAUAACAACCGAUCACCAAUCAAUGAUCGGCAUGGAGUUGCUUAUGAUCGGCGGAAAAGCAGAUCACCAUGAUCGGAAACUUUGGGAACGUUAUUUCAAGCCCUGUAAGAAUACAAAUUUACAAUUACAUGUAUCGACCUUCAGGGGCGGAUCCAGCUCCUGAGCUGACUGAUGCAUACAUACAUAAGACCUCGCAUUUGUAGGGGGGUCCGGUGGUAUCCUCCCCCGGGAAAUUUUGAAAUCUAGGACCUCGGAAAUGCGAUUUCCUGCGUUCCGGAGCGAACUCUUUUGUUGCAAUUCCUAUAUCAGAGUCACAAAAAUUUUGCUGCAUUUUUGGACAAACACGUAAAAAACUUGAACCUAUAUCGCAAAAAAAACAUAACUUCUCCACAUAAGAAAAAAAAUUUUGCUUGUACAAGUGUAAUAGUAGCAGUGGCAAUAAGUCUCUAUUAAAAAAAUAGUCAGUACUGUGCUUCUUGUAGCCUUAACUUUUCUAUUGAAAAACAUUUCGGCACAAAAUCACGACAACGCAAAUACACACAUACUGUGUAACAAAGGUGUAUACAGUGUGCUCCACUAGUUGCAUUGCUGGACUCAGAAGAAAGCGUUAUUAUGUUGUUUAUGAACCAUCUUCCCCUAUUAAUUUCCAAUGUUCCAUGAGUAAAAUCUUCUAGCAUUAGAAUUUAAAGUAAAAUAACAUAUCAUGGUGCAUACAGAUUAAAGGUAUUUUGUGCUUUACUGGGUAAAUAUAUGCAACUCUGUCUUAUGCUGCUAAUCUUACUCUGCAUGGACAGUGUGGUUGGCAUCAGCUGGUCAAUUUCAUUUGCCCCUAGGCUAGCUGCCUUUCAGAUGAACUGCAUGGUGAAUAGCCCACACUCUGAAUACUGAGCCAAUAUUGCCUUUUGGCGAGGAAACCACUAAACUAACACACAACAAACACUGGGUUUAAAAUUAUAUAAAUAAAUAACUAUAGGUACACACACGUUUUAAAUCAAUAGAGACUGUGUGUAAAUUAAUUUAAUGAAGCUAUCUUAAUUGGAAAUUGUUUGAUAAAUAAACCAAUACCAAACUGUACAAUGAUAAACAUGACAUAAUUUAAUCAUAUGUCUUCUGUCUGUCCCCUUUUGCCUGCCUUUCAACUAAUAUUAAUACAGUACUCCUUUAAGAAAGGUUGCACAGUAGUAUUGAUGAAUAUUUAAUUUUCCCUAUAUUAUCUUGUCAAAUAUAUCCAUACACUUAUCAAUGGUAAUCGUAAUCCUCAGGGUGGCAUGCUGGCUAUCCAAAACAUAAUACUGGGAUAAUUAGCAUUACAAAUAUAUAAUUUAAUUAAAUAUAUUUUCCAAACUAUCCCACUUUUGUGAGCAAAUUUCAUAAUUAUAACCUGUAUACACCAGUUACAGUAUAUACAGUAUUUAUACCGUCCAGCAUUUUAUCAUUGAUUCUAAGAUUAAAUCUGUCAGGAGAAUGUCAUAUGAUAUAUACAGCUUAUAUCAAAUUAUAUUUGCACAGACAAAGCAUAUAAACACUCAACUAUGGUAGGCGAGCAAACCCAGGUAAUCAUCUUUGUUUGCAAAAUAUCCAGCUAGUGUAUAGUAAUUGCCCAAUAACUCAGGCAAUGCAAAGAAAGACCCCGUCACAAGGCAUGCCAGCUCAUUUCCAUAUAAAAUGAAAUGAAAUAGGAGAUACCACUGGAAGUUGCAACUUGAAACAAUUACCUUUCAUGUAAACUCCCCCUUAGUCUUCUAACCAAUGUUGCAUUAAUUACUAUUAGAAAUCUCAUUAACCUGCAAUUAUGCUCUGUAAUUACAUACAGAGACUGAUGCAAGUCUUGGUCCAUUCAGAGUUACUUUCCACCCACACUAUAGUUUUAUUUUUGGUAUCCAAUCAAACUGUGCCAGAAGAAAUGUCAAUUUCACAUAAUAACAACAAGCUAAAUAUAGUUACAACCACUAAAUAUAUCAUUAUUUAAUUAUAGCAUUUUUACCAAUUAUCAAAACAAUACAUUAAAUAUGGCAUGAAUACUCAUGCUAGAAAUAGCCAAUCGGAGUCACAACAAUAAAGGCAGUUGUAGGACACAAACAUAAUAACAUGUGUAUCAGGUCUUCAUUUUUCUUUGCCCGCCAGCU